AUGCCCACCGACCUCUCAAUCCUCGUCUUCGUCGCCAGGCCACUCGACUACGCCCGAUACCGGCACACAGCUCUGUUCUUCGACUUUGCGCAAUCGCAAUCGCAUACGCAAACGCAACAGCUAGCUAAGAACCAACCAGCAGCCCCCGAUCUCACCGCAUCGCAUAAAAAUGGAACCGGGAAUACAAACGCAGACUCGCCACCCUCCCCCGAAAUAAAAUCAUCCAUAAUGGAAAUCACCGGAUCACCAGGAUUCUUCUGCUUCGCCGAAAGCGUAAACACCGACAUCCCCACCUCCAGCAAUCUAGCCCGCGUAAUCCGCGUCUCCUCAAUACAAAACGCACCCCCGCCCGCCCUCCGCCUCAUCACAUCCGAAACGCCUAUCCCAAUCGACAUCCCGGAAGAAAUGGAUUGGAAUAGUCAAAAUUGGGUGGGUGAUGCGUUGGGACGGCUUGUUCGAGCUGGGUACCUGGGUGCGGGGGAUCGGGAUCGGGCGUUGGAUGAGAUGGUUGAUGUUGUGUUGGAGGCUAGGGAUGAGGAGACUUCUUGA